AUGUCUAAGCAAUACUUGACCACGCAUACCGUGGACAAUGCCCAUACAACAAGCAUACUCUCCCUAGCGACAACACCAACGUCCCUUCUGUCUGCUGGCGGCGCUUCUGAAAUCAUCGUCCACCGGACCAACGACCCCUCCUACCCUAUAUCGCAGUCCAUCAAAGCGCAUACGCUCGGAUGCCACCACAUCGCGACCGCGCGGGGCGGAACCGGCAAGGUAGCCAUCUCAGCUGGUUUUGGCGGGGAGUUGAAGAUUUGGGGUUGCAAUGAUGGCGGCGAUUGGAGUCUGCACUCGGAGAUCACACGGGCUGACUGCAAGAAGCAAGAGGUGGGCGAUAUCUGGGCCGUCGCCCUGAGCGCUGACGAACAGUAUGCGGCGUGCACUACACACGACGGCAAGAUACACGUUUGGGAUCUGGUGGAGAAGAAGAAGCUCCAAACGUACGAGACGGGGAGCGCCACGGGUGGCCACUUUGGCAUGUGUGUCGACUUGAGCAGAGAUGGACGACUUACGGCGAGUGGACACAUGAGUGGCGCCGUCUAUGUCUUCAACAAUGAUACGGGACGGAUGGCGUACUCCCUAUCAAGUCUUGCCAAACCUGUCCGGGCAGUGGCAUUCUCUCCCGGCAACAGUCGCCUGGCUGCUGCUGGCGAUGCAGGAAUAAUCGCCCUCUACGAUAUGACCCAUGGAGAGCACGUAGGAAAUUUAAGCAGUGGCAGUCAGUCAUCAGCUUGGAUAACGUCGCUCGACUGGUCAGAUACCGGCGAAUAUCUCCUUUCCGGAUCCAUGGAUGGGAAGGUGAAGGUGUGGUCGAUAGACAGCGGAGUUUGCGUUGCUACACACAGCGAGACGGACAAGAUAUUAUGGUCUGUUCGAUGGCUACCAAAGACAAGUGUGACCAAGGGCGAGAUGUUCUCCACCGCGGGAGAGAACCGAAGCAUCACUUUCUACAGAGAGGCUACAGGUGCUUGA